AUGUUGGAAGUUCAUCAAGCCAACGCUUUGGUCUACUCGACCUUGUGCGGUUUCAUGCUGGUCGGUCUCUAUGCCGGCUAUCGAGUCCGCAACGCCAACGACUUUUUGUCUGGCCUUCGAACCCAAAGCGCUUUUCCGUUGACGCUCAAUUGGUUCGCAUCAAACAUGUCUUCGUCGCUUCUCUUCGGCUACCCUCAGCUUGCUGUCAUCCCCGAAGCUGGUAUCCUUGGUCUAGUCGCCUACUGCUUCGCCACUGUAGCUCCUCUUUGGUUUUUUGCCUGGCUUGGACCUCAGAUUCGACGCAUCUGUCCUGACGGUUUCACGCUGGCCGAGUACAUCCGCCGUCGCUUCGGAUGGCCUGUCGGUGUUCUUUCCGGUCUGAUUUUUGUCGGCUUUAUGUUCUGCUUCAUGCUGGUCGAACUCAACACUUACGGCUCUGCGGUCAACUUGCUCGGCGGUGUCAACCCCACCAUCGCUGCUCUGGUCAUCGCCAUCAUCACCACCAUCUACACUACGUACGGUGGUUUCAAGGCCUCGCUCUACACGGACAACGUUAAUGCCAUCAUCAUCCUGAUCUUUAUUGUGAUCGCUUCCAUCGCUGUAGGUGUCAAACUCGACAUUGACCAUGCUCGGGUCGAAUCCUCGGGGCUGCUCAAGCCGCAGCGACUCGGUGGCGAGCUGUGGUACAUCCUGCCUGCCGCAUUGAUCUUCAGUCAAAUGUUCAACCAGGGCUUCUGGCAGCGUGCUUUUGCCUCAAAGGACAACAAGACUCUUUACAUUUCGGUCAUCUGUGCCACCAUCCCUCUCUUCGCCGUCUGCAUGCUGGUCGGUAUGGCCGGACCUUUGGCAUGGUGGUCUGGCCUGUUCAAUGGUCCUACUGCGGAAGACGAUGGAUCCUUGAACUUUUUCUACAUCCUCGGUACGCUUCCCAACUGGCUCACGGGGAUUGUGAUUGUUCUCUGCGGCUGUCUCUCUUCAUCCGCAUACGACACUUUUCAGUCGGCCCAAAUUUCUACGAUUCAGAACGACGUGUUCUUGGGACGUGUCAACAUCUGGUGGUGCCGAGCCAUCCUGAUCCUCAUCAAUAUCCCCUCGGUGGUACUCGCUGUCAAGAACAUUGAUAUUUUGGAAGUGUUUCUGAUUGCCGAUUUGGCAGCCAUUGCUUGUAUCCCUGCUUUCUUGCUCGGUCUCGUACCUCGGUUGUACUUCCUCAACGGAGUGGACGCAGUCGGAGGAGCAGUCGGAGGAUUUUUGACCGUCUUCCUGUUCGGAACAAUUUUCUUCGGUUCUGCUUCGCAAGGUAUCGCGCUGAUCGGAUUGCCAAACGGACUGUACAUUGACGACUACAGCGUGCUGGGUGCGUUUAUUGCCGCUCCUCUCGGAAGUCUGGGUUGGACUUUUGUAACGUGCGCUAUCCGGGCAGCUGUCACGUGGGUAUGGUGCAAGAAGACCGGUCGCAAGUUCACCGUUUUCGAAUAUCGUGAAUUCGACGUCAGCGGUUGGGCUCUGCCUGAAGACAGGCCCGCUGGGUUUGCGGGUCUUCACGGUAGUGGAAAUCCGAAUGAUGGACACAAGUUGGAUCGUGAUCUUGAGGUGGACGCCGAUGUCAAGAGGGAUUUGUCUGAUGACGGUUCAAGUGCUCGCGAGCUACCUGCGGUGCAGACGCAGUCUACGUAG